UUCAAUUUUCAAUCUUUGUUUUUGAUCUUUCUCAACUACGUUUUUAAAUAAAUAUUAUGAAAAUAAAACUUGUAAUGGCCUUAAUAAUAGUUAAUACUUAGUGAAAUCAUUCAAUAAACGUUUCGGUCAUUUGUUUAUAAAUAUGGCUAUACCACCAUUUCCUUCCCAAGAAGUGGCGAAACUUGUUCUUGGAUACUUGGCAGAAGAGGAUUUGAUGACUGCCUAUGACGAAUUUCUUCAAGCUAGCCCCUAUUUAGACGCCUUCAGUAAUGAAUAUGGGAGAGUGUUUAUGACAUCGUUGAAGAAUAUCCUUGCAGAAUACAUGGCUAUCAAAAUAUAUGUUGAGUCAUGUAAGCCAAUUGCCUUAAGAAGGAAAUUGAUGCAAUGUUCCAACCUGCUAGAGGUUGUAAAACUUUUAGUUGCUUUCGUGGAUGUACAGAAGACAAAUUUUCAAGAAAAACCCAGGGUGUAUAAACAAAAUGUAUCAAAGGUGCCUACAAGUUGUGAUGGAUGUGGUUCAACAGACUCAUUUAGCUGUAUAUGUAAUUCUGUAAAUGCAAAUACACAAAGCCAUGUUGCUUGUGAUGUAGACACUUUACAGAGUUCAGUAGAGGCUACAUCUUUGGCUGACUUGCCAGGAAAUGCAGUAGUCAAAGAUGUUGAAAAGGAAAUUUCUACAGAUGAAAACAGUUUAAAGAAAAGUGAAUCUAUAAAUAAUGAGUCCAGUGUUGAUCAGAAGGCAGAAUCAGGAAGCAAUUUUGAUUUACACUUAAAUAGUGUUACGAGUAGUACACCAGAAAGUAAUGCCAAUUUGUGCCCACCACAGUCAGCUCCGUUAACGGAGACAAGUACAGAAACACCUAUACAAAAUAUAGAGGAAUUUGAUACAAUAUUGAGCAAAGUAAGUAGUGAAGGUAAUAUGACAAUGACUAUACCAAGUUUAACAUUACUUGAUACAGUCACCUGUAAGAAAUCUACCAAAAGUAUUAAAGAAGGCACCACAAAGGAAAGAACUUAUCACAAUGAAGAAAAUGCACCAGAUUUAAAGAGAUGUCGUUUAAAUAAGAAAUUAGAUCAAACAACUCAGCCAUCCCAAGAAAAUAUUCUGGUAUCCUCUUCUGAUCCUCCUUUAAGUAAAGAGAGUCCUGUGUUGAGUGUUACCGAUGAUAAGAGCUGUGAGCAAAAAAUUAAAAUAAUAUCAGAUAUCAAAGUUAACAAUAAUACUUACACUAAAAUGCCACCAAUUAUUAAAUCUACUACUAGCACGCCGUUAGUACAGAUGCAAACUCUAUACAUAAAUGGAACAUGUGCAUACAAGAAUAACUUACAAAGUGGACAAAAUUUCAACUAUACAAAAGAUGAAAUCAUGGCUAUGCCUACAAUCAUAUUAGUUCCUGCAUCAGGUCCCUCUGGUAACCCGCAAAUAGUAACGCCAAAGUGUACAGAAGUAAAUACACUUCAUUCUGAAACAGAAAAACGUAUUAGAUCUUCUCAUAUAUCACAAGUACCACCUGUUAGUAUCCAAAAUAUAGAAUCAGUAAAAACAAAUUAUGCAAAGACUCCGGGUUCCAGAAAUAUGCAUAAUUUGGACUCCGCAACAGUUACUACAUCAAGAAUAAAAUCAUCCAGCGUACAAAGUUCUGAAACAGUUGCAAAAGCGAUUCCAAAUGUAAGUGCAAAACCUUUGAGCAUAGAUGUUAACAUACAAAGUGAGGUGGCAAAUAAAGUUACUAAAGCAUUAAACCUUGACCCCAUUGACGAUACAAAUAACAUUGGUUUAGUGAAGACUGUAGAUACUGUUUCUGCAUCAUUACCUAAAGAAUCGUUAGGUACUGUUCUACAAAAGACCAGCACACCAAAUUCUGCGCCACCUAUGAAAAAAGCGUCAUCCACUCCUCGUCGCACCUCUCACAUUAGAGUUCUAGACUUCACAACACCAAGGCGAAUUCUAAACGAGAAUAGCACUGAAAUAAAUACAAAUGAACCUGUCAUCUGUUCUCAACAAAACUCCGUUGUGACUCCACAUUGCAAUAUAUCUUCUAAAUAUGUACAUGAUCAAGAAAGAAGUAAAAAAAAUGUGGAUGAAAAUAUUCAAACUAAGAUUCCUGCAGACAAAAAAGUUAAACCAGUAAAGAAAUCAAACUGGGACGCAGACCUUCGUGCACUUAUAGGCCAAAGUGAUGUUAAUUUAAUGGAAAAGUUUGGUAAAAGUAAAGAAAAAAGUGUGUGCAAAGAAAAUAAAGUCGAAGAAAAUGUAACUUCUGUAAAACCACAAUCAAAAAAUACAAAGCUUACAAAUUCUAAGAAAAAAGAUAAAGAUAUCUUGUCUACAAAAAAAAGUAAGAAAAAGGUAAAAGAAAAAUCUUUGGAGUCUAAUUCAUUACAAAACUCGGCCAAAGUUUCCGCAAACGUUAAUCUGCAAUGCGCUACUACCGAAAAGCCUACGCAGGAUGAUCCCAAUAAUCACGUUAAUCAUCAAAUCGAACAAUCGGAUACACCCGAAGCAGAAAGGCUAGCAUUGCAAAAUGUGAUUGGGGCAAAAUUGAAUAUAUCCGAGUUACUAGAAACUCCUUACAAACAAGCACUGUAUGACAUACAAAUGGAAACACCUCGGUUCUUAGGGCCCGAUCUUCCCGACGAACCUAUGUCAGAUAUAAAAAUAAUGAACAUUCCCACUCCGCGUUUCUUCGAUACCCCGAAGAUCACGCAGGCCACACCUUCGUCGUACUCCUCGCGACAAACAGACUAUUCCAGUGGUGGGUCGUAUUAUAAGCCAGACGAUCAAGAUUAUAUUCCCAUAUCUGAAGUUUUAGAGUGUGCCAUAACUGUUUGUAGAGAAGAUGCUCAAGAGACACCGGCGAAUAAAGAAAAUGAUCCAGAUUUAGCUUCCGAGAAAACUCGAAGGCCCGUAAGAAAGUGCACAAAGAAUGUGUCGUAUCGUAAAAGUAGUAGUAUUAAAACUAAAGAAGAUGCUCCAUUAUCAAAAGAUGUAAACACUGAACCAGCGAAAAGAAAAGGUAGAAAAGCAUCGUCAAAAGCCACACCUUCAAGGAAAUUAAAAUCGGAGGCUCCAUCUGUACAUUUGAAAGAUAAACUAGAAUCACCGGUAAAACUAGAAACUCAAAAUAAGUUAAAAAAUAUAUCUAAGAAAUCACCAGUGAAAGAUUUGGCUUCGAAAAAAUCUCAGAAACUUGUCGAUUCUAAAAAUAUUUGUGCUACUGAAAAUAAAACAAAAAAGAAAAUAGGUAAAGAUAAAGUAAACGCUAACGUCAUUGCAGUCGCAGUUCCAACAAAAUCACGACGAAAAUCUGCGACACCGAGAAAACUUCACUGUACAAAAUCAUUUAAUUCCGAUAGCAGCGAACUUAAUUUAUCAGAGUUAUCCAAAAAUAAAGAUAAGAUUAUGAAAAAUACAAAAGUUUCAGGUGUGCAAGAUUCUGAUAGCGAACAGCCGCCUUUAAGAUGGUCGGAUGAUGGGUCUCAGGAUGCUAAAUCAAAAGACGUCUUAAAAUCCAAUUGCUGUCCAAAUGAGGACGACGACAUAGAUAACAUUAAAAAAUAUAUAGAAAGUUGUACUAAAUCAAAAAGUGGUACAGAUCAUCAAAAUAAAUGUAAGGUGGAAACGAAAAGAAAUUUCGACAUCGAGACGGCAAAAAUCAUAGAAAGAGAUUUGCUCGACACUCCACCGCGAGUUGCACAGUUGCAACCUAUAGAUAUUACCCAUAAUGAGUCUAGUAAGCCAGAAAUUACAGUCAUACCGCAAAGUAAUCAUAGUAAUGAUGACAGUGGCAAUAAGGAAUUGUGUGUGGAUUUAGAUGAAGAUGAAGAUGUAGAAGAGGUAGAGCUAUCGGUGAGCAAUUAUGAUGAAGAAAGCGAAAAUCAUUUUUCCUACGUUUACAACGAAACCAGCUUUGUACAAAAUAAUAACUUGUGUAAAUUAAAAGAUAAGUUCUGUAUGGAAUUAUGUAUAGAAGAUGACAUCUCGAUAAGAUUAAAUGCGACCGCCUUACAUACUGUGUUCGAACAACAUCCCGGAGAUUUUGUGGUCGACGAUUCGUACGUUAGGGAGACGGCCACGGCUAUAAAUUCAAUAUCAAAUAUUGAAAAAUUGUACACUCCGAUGAAAAGCGCACGGAACCACUACAUCGACAUUUUCGACUCCACUUUGACUAGUUUAGAUACCCCUCUCAAAAAAGAUGAUGCCAAAGAACUCGAAAAAGAGCCCGACAAUCAAGUGACUGAAAUCGUUCUGGAGAUUGAAAGCGUACAAUGCAAAGAUAAAACGGACUCUAAAAAGAGGAAGAGGAGUCUCAAUACUGCCACCGAAACUGAAAAUGCAAAAAAACUUAAGUCUGAAACUCAGGAAUUGCUUAAGUCUGCAAAUAUUCAGAAUAUUGAUAUUGAAUCCGUGCUAAGUAAGUUACAUGGACCUUAGGGUAUAAGCUAUUGAAGUAAUUUCGUGUAUAUUAUAACAAUAUUUAUAAGACUACUGUUUAUAUGUAAAAUAUAACUCGCUUCUGUUGAUAGCGUUGUAAAUAAUAUAUUCUUGUUUGUGUGUUAAACAUGUAUGAAAUGAUUGUUUUCAUUUGAAACCAGUUGACCUGUUUGAAAAUGAAGAUCUUUGAAUAAGUAAAUUAAAAAGUUCACGUUAUAAAACUCGGCGUACGUCACCAGCACGUACCAGCAACGCAGUGAUCGUCGCGUCAGUGUAAAAAAGCAAAUAUACGUGGAUUAUCGAAAAUACAUGGUAUAGUAGGCGAAACGGAAACCAUAUAACAUAGCGAAAACUGCUGAAAGAAUCAAUUCCCUUAAUUUUAAUAAAAAAGUAAAACUACUAUUGUAAGCUUUCGUUCACAAUCAAGUUUCGUUUAAGUUGUGCAGUGUGCUACGCGCUAACCCACUAUAUGGCAGUAACCAAAUAGUGUGAGAUUACUCCUACAGUAGGAGUAAACUCCCACUAUUUGGUUCACGAAUUGCAGGCCGCAAGUAAGAGUCCUACUUGCGGCCUGCAAUUCGUGUAGUGAACACGUCCUUAAAAAGUUUAAUCGAAGUCACUUUGACCUAAACGUCUUUUAGGAGAUACCCUCAUUUCAUUGGCAGUUAGAUUUGGGCUGGCCGCAUACACUCGUUUUUCGUAUGCGAUUUCCUAAUGUGGAAUAUCUAAUUACGAUUUGAGAUUCCGUGAGACUAGCGCAAACGUUCGUUUUUUUCACGCGCAAACGCACCGUCUUGCACUUGAAACGUACGUGCGGAAUUCGUCCCGUUCGGAAAAAAGCGAACGUGUGUAUUUUAUACUGAUUCCAGGCAUUCAGAUUACCGAUUACCGAAUACGGAAAACGAAUUCGGAAAUCGAAUACGAAAAACGUGUGUCUGCGGCCAGCCAUAUAGAAUGUUCUCUCAAAAUAUUAUGAACCAAUUUAUAAGAAAAUAUUUUCGGCCGGCUUGAUUUUUCGAAGAACUUAUUUUUAAGAUUAGAAGCAGAUUUAGUUCUAAUCAAAAUCGAGCUCGCAACUUCUUUCAGUUUUUGGAUUUCAUCAAUUAUCCCUUUUUUUCUAAAUUUAGCUGGGUAGGUAUUUAAUCCACGUUUUCUUAGCUUCCCCUUAUUUGAUUUGUAAAAAUCAUGUUAUAUUGGGACUCGCAUUCUACUUGUCUCAUCAUUAUAAUAAUUAUUCAUCAUUCUACUGAUGGUGCCAUGUACAGUGUACAUACAUUCAACUACUUUUCAUUGUAUUUUAUAAUGCGUGCGCGGUGCGACACAUUAAUUUAUUGUGUAAGUGAUGUAAUUUUGUCUAUACUAGUAUAUUUCUGGCUACAACGAUAAAAAUGAUAGUUUUUAUUAUUCGUAGUUCAAUUCUAACUUUUAAAAUUAAUACCUACCAGCUGCCUAGUCCUUUAAAGUUUGAAAAUAUUCUCUUUGCUGGACAAUAACUGACAUACUUAAUAUGAUCUGUAACUUGUAAAUGUUAUGAGUAGGAAAUGUUUUCAGUAUGUAUGUACUUAUUGUUUAAAUUAAAAGAGUAAUCUUAAGUUUAAGAUACUUAAUUGUUUCAAGGUCUGAUAUUCUUGAAAAGAUAUUGUUGACGCCUUGUGAAAUUAUGUUGAGAGUGUAAACUCCUAAAUAACUAGGUACAUUAUCUUUAUGAAAGUUGAAUAAAAUGUUGUACCUACCUAACAAUGUUCCAAAGUUUUUAUAAAUAUUAUA